GGCCGAGGCGCAUGCGCGGGCUGCCCGCCCCACUCUCGAGCUCUCAUUGGCCGCGAAAGUACGGCGCCCCACAUGCGCUCGACGGCGAUAAUCCGCAGUCUCCGGCGGGGUCUUCUCCAUUGUCGGCUUUUUCCGGCGAGCCAGCUCCCCUUUCGGCCAUUUCCGGCGAGCCAGCUCCCCUUUCGGCUAUUUCCGGCGAGCCAGCUCCCCUAUCGGCUAUUUCCGGAGCCCGCUGUCCAGGCUUUGUGGUUCUGACGGAUCUUGCCCGCAGAUAACUGAAGAUACAUCUGCCAACAGCUCCGAAUUUGUGAACUUGUAUACAGACUUUCAAUGCCUCAACACAAUGAUGGAUGAGGCAGCCUCAAAUCAUCAAACCAUUGGUUUUAAUGCACCUCACAUUGGAGAACUAUUGUGGGAACAUUAAAUAUAUGGAGUAUCAGACAUUUCAAAACCACUAAGCCUGGGUACAUUUAAGCUGAAGAAAUAAUAUUAAGUUGAUAUUUAAAAGGAACAGUUAUGUGAAAUUUAAAAGGAUUCUGAAAAAUAAU